AUAAAAUUUAAAGAAAAAAAAAAGCAACUUUUGUAGCAUUUAAUUUCUCUGAAAUUUUCUUUCUCAAGAAGAAACCCAAACAAUUUCUUCGUCGAUAAGCCAAAUGAAGCCCUAUUAAUUCAAAGCACGAAAAUCUGAUCGAACUUCAGGAAAGAGUUUUUGGGUGCAAUGAUUCCGGAUUGUGGAUAGACUUUUUCCAAUUCUGUUCUUUUGAUAUUUCUUGAAAAGAUCCAACUGCCUCUAGUCAGUUCGUAUCUUUUGGGCUUCCCCUUUUGGACGCUCAAUUCUGUUGAGAUAUUUUUCUGAAGCCAUGGAGUCUACUAUGGUGAUUAAGGUUAGGUAUGGAGAAAUGCUGAGACGCUUCAGUGUAAAAGUAGAUGAAAACAAUAGACUAGAUAUUGACAUCAACAGGUUGAGAGCAAAAGUAGUUGAUCUCUUCAGCUUCUCUUCUGAUACUGAUUUUAUAUUGACUUACGUUGAUGACGAUGGUGAUGUUGUGACCCUCGUUAAUGAUGAUGAUCUGGAUGAAAUGAUGAACCAACACUUGAGUUUCUUGAAAAUUAAUGUCCAUUUGAGAAAUAAGGAAAAGGGCCAAUCUCAUAAUAAAUCAGAUGGAAGUUCUACCCGUAUGACAUCCGAACGUUCAUUUCAAAAUGUUUGUACUGGUAUCUCCGAGGUUUUGAAAUCUAUGCCAGAGCCCUUGCCAGAAUUUUGUUCACAGCUCCUCCUUGACAUUGCUUCAAAAGCUGUUACUAGCCCCGUGCUUUCUGAGCUUGCUCAAAGCUUUAUUCGGUUGGGAAACCCAAACGCGCAUACAGGUUCUCGGACCUCAUCUGUUCCAGAGGCGAGCACACAGAAUGUGGCCACUGAGUGUCCAAUGCCACCCCUCGGUGCAGAUUCAAGAGCUUCAAAGAAUGAUGACUUUCAUCAAGAAGCUGGGUCAAAAUUUCAAUGCAGUGGUUCUUCUAAAAAUAGGAAGAUAAUUAACAGUGAGAAUGUGACAAAGAACACUGGUGAGCCUAUUGCUUCUGGACUUUCCAUUGGGAAACCAGCUAUUGCUGCCCGUUCAAGCAACUGUUUUGAUAGAAAGGAAAAGGAAAAACACAAUGAUGCAUUUCUUAAGCUUGGUAACUCACAUUGUUCACCUGCAACUUCUAUGGAUCGUAGGUUUAUUAAUGAGUGCCCUUUCAGUGGAAUGCCUUGGGCUCCUCAACCAUAUUCGAGAACUGUAGAUCCUGUAAGUAGCAGCAGUGGUAACGUUGAAUCUGCAGGAAGUGAGUCCCAUAAAGGUCCAAUAGUUAACAGCAGUGACUACAUUGGAUCUGGGGGAAAUAUGUUCCAUAAAGGUGUUAUUUGUGAUGGUUGUGGAGCCCGUCCAAUUACUGGUCCGCGUUUCAAGUCCCGAGUGAAAGAUAAUUAUGAUCUCUGUAGCAUCUGCUUUGCUAAAAUGGGUAACGAGGCUGACUACAUUAGGAUUGAUCGUCCUGUCUCUUGCCGCUAUCCAAGAAUGAAAGCAUUCAACCAUAGAUUUCCACUGUCUGGCCCUCGAAUAAUCGACCCUUUCAGAACUGUAAAGCAGACCAAGCUUGAUAGUCACUUUGUAGCUGAUGUUAAUGUAUUUGAUGGCACUAUGAUGCUUCCACGUACUCCAUUUACCAAGAUAUGGCGACUGCUUAAUAGUGGGACUUCGAAUUGGCCCCGUGGUUCACAGCUAGUGUGGACUGGAGGACACAAGUUCAGCCAUUCAUUAUCUGUUGAAAUCGAGGUUCCUGAGGACGGACUUCCUCCGGGUCAGGAAAUUGAAAUUGCAGUUGACUUUACUACCCCUUCAUUUUGUGGUCAAUACACCUCGUACUGGAGUAUGGCAUCUCCAUCUGGCCACAAAUUUGGGCAGCGUCUUUGGGUUCUUAUUCAGGUUGAUGAAGCAUUUGAGAUGCCAAAUUCCAAUUUUUCCCAAGCUUUGGACUUAAAUUUACCCCCCAUACCCAUAAAUCCUUCCCAAGAAGGUGUAGAAAAGAAUUCGACUCCUGCAGUUUCUGAAGGUGUACUUUUCCCUCGUGAUUCCAUCCCCAUCGUUGAACAAGUAAAACCUGAUCAUAAUCUGUCUGUAAGUCACCCGGAUUUACAAUUCCUCGUAGAUGAGGGUAUUCUAGUUGUUCAAAGCCCUGCCGCUACUUCUUCUAAGGAGGAUAAUUUGGGCUCGUCUUGCUCUGCUGUCGACCGUCAGGGAGUUGUACCUUGUUCAACCAAUGUUCCCCCCGAGUCGUGCCCUUUUAUUGAUUUUCCUGCACCAACUCCUCCUGCAAACCCAUUUCCAAAACCAUCCCCCAAGGUUUCUCCCGCAUCAUCUGAACAUGUCAUUGCCAAUAAUGCCAAUAAUGCCAAUAACUUGGUCGAGGAAACUCUUCUUAAAACACUCGAGGAUAUGGGAUUCAAACAGGUUGAUCUAAACAAGGAAGUACUGAAGAGGAACGAGUACGAUCUAGGAAAGUCAGUGGAUGAACUCUGCGGAGUUGCUGAAUGGGAUCCGAUCCUCGAUGAGUUGGAGGAAAUGGGAUUCAACGACAAGGAAAGGAACAAAAGACUUCUGAUGAAGAACAAUGGCAGCAUGAAGCAAGUAGUGAUGGAACUUCUUUACGGGGAGAAGGCUUAGUUGAAGAAAGGCCCUCAAAACUUAUGGAUUAGAAUGUGAAUAUAUAUUACAACUAAAUAAAUCUAUGGAUAUGACAUUGUGUUGGCUCUGUUAACUAGGGAUGGGUUUUAUGUUUUGUUGGAGUGAUCUUUUGGGUCCUUUCUAAUAUCUGUUCCAUCUCUGUCUUUUCUCUUUGCAAGGGUACAUAUAUAUAUAUAUGUAUGCCUCUUCUAAUUUUGGUUCAAUUCAGUUAAUAUAUUGAAACCUUUUUUGUUUCUCUAUUAA